CCUGACGCUGAUUGGUCCGUUGGUGGGCCUCCUUAGCCGAGCCCACAGCUCGAGCAGGUAUAUAUGCACCUCAGCUGCAGGAGCGACAGGAGUGAAGAAGUGUGGGAUCAUUAUUUACAGCACAGCGUGUCUCCCUGUCUUCCACCUGAGUCUGUGAGAUGAAGACCCAGCAGCCUCUCCAUGUGGCCACUCCAGUGAGGCAGAGCCUUGCCCUGACCAAAGUGGCUGGUACCUCCAUUUACCUCAAGCUGGACUCAUCUCAGCCAACAGGGUCCUUUAAGAUCAGGGGCAUCGGGCACCUCUGCCAAACUUGGGCAGAGCGAGGAUGUGAGCGGUUUGUCUGCUGCUCAGGAGGAAACGCUGGUAUGGCUGCAGCUUACUCUGCCCGUCAGCUCGGGGUUCCUGCCACCAUCGUCGUCCCGAGCGUCACACCCAAUCUCACAGUGGAGAGGCUGAUGGACGAGGGCGCCACUGUGGUCAUUCAUGGCAAGGCUCUAAAUGAAAGCAUUGAAUAUGGAGAGCAGCUCGUGGCCAACAACCCCGGCUGGGUGCUCAUCUCUCCGUUUGACGACCCCCUUAUCUGGGAAGGCCACACGUCUCUGGUGAAGGAGCUGGAGCGAGACUUAAGGCAGAAGCCGGGCGCCAUCGUGUUGUCGGUGGGAGGUGGAGGCCUGCUGAACGGAGUGGUGGAGGGACUGCGGCGCGCCAACUGGGCUGAUGUACCCAUUGUAGCCAUGGAAACCAUUGGAGCACAUAGCCUCAAUGCCGCCAUGAAGGCUGGCGAGCUGGUCACUUUACCUGCUAUUACCAGUGUUGCAACCACUCUGGGCCUGACGCGUGUCUCUGCACAGACCAUGAAACUGGUGCAGGAGCACACAGUUUUCUCAGAACUCGUCUCGGACCAAGAAGCUGUAAAAGCUGUGGAACACUUUGUAGAUGAUGAGAAGGUCCUGGUGGAGCCGGCCUGUGGCGCGGCCCUGGCAGCUGUGUACAGUGGCGUCAUCAAACGGCUGCAGGACGAGGGCAAGCUGGCGCAGAACCUGGGCCCCGUGGUCAUCGUGGUGUGCGGGGGCAACAACAUCAGCAUGGGGCAGCUGUGGAAGCUGAAAAAGCAGCUGGGUAUUAUCUAGCACGGCCGACUACCUCCUGACUUUCCUUCUAUUCCUCCAUCGGCUGGUCCCAGUCCCUGCAUCCCACUGUUCAUGUGCUCCACUGCCCGAAUCAUUCCAGACUGUGAAAACCUCCUGAGCGCUGACACAUGUGAGGGGAGCAGCUGGAGGGAUUUUUUUUUUUUUAUUGUUUCAAUAAUGUUGUGAUUGUGAUGCUGCUCAGGUAGAGGUAGUUUGUGACUAGAGAGACCUCUAUAGACCCUGGGGAGUUGACAUUUGUAUUUAGCAGGCUUGCUUUUUAACAGUGCAUGUUUGUUGUUCCUCUGCUUUUGUACUUUUGAAAUUUAACAAUGAAUAAAUUAUAUUUAUGACUA